AUGGCGUUCUCUGAUUCCCGCCUUUGGGUCAUCUUAGUGACAUUGCUGGUGCCUGCUAGCCAGGCGCUUUCAGCGGAGAUGAUGAGCAACUCUCCUGGCCACCUUAAGCUCAUUCAUGAAGGCGUUGGCGUGGGCAACGAACUCAUCGCCGGCACGUUCCCAUUCCCUGAUUCGUUUUAUCACAAGCAUCGCCGCGAGAUAGUGUCCCACGAGGACGGCUCGCAUACAGAAUGGAACAGUAUCGCCCCUGACGCAGUGGAAGUGAAGGCAUCGUAUCCGAACUCCGGCAGCGUUGGCGCCACCUUCACCUUUGCGCCAGAUGACACGCUUUACGGUGUUUGGAGCUACCCGUGGAAUGGCAGCAUUGCCAAUGCGGGACAGAAUCAUGCUGAUAUCGGCCUGUUUGGCACGGAUAGGCCCGGCAUCAACUGGGCUAAUGCGCGUGCGCCUUUCUUCUUUUCCCGGUCUGGAUUCGGCGUGUACGUCGACUCGCUGCAGUUCGGAAGUUUUGACUUCUCCGAGCCUGGCACGGCCAGUUUCAGCUUCAAUGGAAGCGAGUUGACAUACAAUGUGCUGUACAAUAGCAAUCUUACCGAGCUGCUGAUGCGAUACGCGAACUUAUCCAGCAAGCCUGAAAUGCCUAUCGAUUCGGGUUACGGGCCAAUUUUCUGGUCGGACAACUUCGAGGAGGACUUCCACCAGGGGGUGUCUAGAGCCGAUGAGAAUUUCCACGAUGUGAUGAAGCAUUUGAAGCAAAAUCAGAUCAGAGCUACAGCCAUAUUUGCAGACAGGCCUUACGGGACGGGAAACUGGUCCUUUGGCAAUUUUGACUUUGACCCGAAAAACUACCCUGAUCCGCGGACUUUUAUUGCCAAUCUGUCGUCGCAAGGUUACGACUUUCAGGCCUGGGUGGCCAACCGCGCCUUUCUUUACACAGAGCUGUACAACACCUCCAUGGCGAACGGGUGGCUAUUCCCCGGCUUUGACGGUACCCAAUUCCUUGGCCCUGCACUGAACCUCUCUAUCCCUGCGGCCUACAGCUACCUUCUUGAACGGCUCACCUCGUUGGCUAGAAUAGGAGUCAAGGGCUUCAAAAUCGAUCGCGGCGAGGAACGAGAAAUGCCUGACGCAGAACAGAAUCUGCAAAGCAUUCUUUUCAAUGAGCUAUGCUACAAAGCCAUGGAAACGGUAUGGGGCAAGGGCAACUUCUUCUCGUUUGCUCGUUCAGCCUUUGACCGAUCACGCUCAAAGGUGGCUAUCUGGAACGGCGAUUCCCAGGCCAACUUCACCGGCCUGCAAUACUCUGUCGCGUCGGCAAUCCGCGCCGGACUGCUAGGCUUCUCUCACUGGGGCUCGGACACGGGCGGCUACCUCCGAACAAACAGCACGCCUACCGAGGAGCUCUGGGCUCGGUGGAUGCACUUCAGCGCCUUCUCGCCCAUGUACGAGAUUAUGGUGGGCACCAAACACACGCCGUGGUACGACUACAGCCCUCGGCUAGUCCGGGUGCUGAAGGAUACCGCUGCCCUUCACACGAGCCUCAUUCCCUAUAUCCGGAGCUAUGCGUAUGCAGCGAGCCAGACGGGAUUGCCUGUCAUGAGGGCUUUGUUCCUGGAAUAUCCGGAUGACGACAAAGUAGCCGAGACAGGAGAUGCGUAUACAUUUGGAAAGGAGUUUCUCGUCGCGCCUAUCGUCACCCAGGGUGGGAACAGGACGGUCUACUUUCCGAGGGGACAAGGCCGAUUCCUCGAAUACUUUAACAAGAGCCAGACUUUCAAGCCUGGCGAGACCCACGAGAUUACCAACAUGCCUCUCGAGUACUCGCCGGUUUAUGUCCGCGAAGGUGCUAUUAUUCCCACCGGCGAUGUGUUCCAAGGAAAUGCCAAGUGGGUGGCCAACUGGAAACCGCACCUAGUCAUUGAAGUCUACCCGAGCUACAAUGUAUCGGUCUCAAGCUUCACCUACUACCGUGGCAAGGAGAGUACACCGCUCAACGGUACGACCUCGAUCACGAUGACGGCUAGGAGCGGUAACGUGACGAUCCAGUCAGGCGACCUGGGUGUCGAUGGCACUAUUCUGGUGUACCAUAAGAAUGGGGUCGAGAACAUCACACUGCCCUCUGGUGAGGAGCAUACGCUGCACAUUGGGGGAUUAGUCAGUCUCUUUGAGUAA